AGGCAAGUUCCAUUUAACCAUUUGAAUCAUGUUAAGUUCCAAAAAAUGGCCAAUUAAUUAUUCUCAAAUUCUUAUCGUAUAUAUGCUAAUAACUAAUUUGUUGAUCGUAGGUUUAUGUAGUGUACAUGGGAGGCAUCCACCAGCACGACGAAAAUGCAGUUUCAUCGUACCAUUUAGACAUGCUUCAACAAGUUAUGCAAAGCAGUAUUGUUAGUGAAUCCUUGGUGAGGAGUUACAACAGGAGUUUCAAUGCCUUUGCAGCGAAUCUCACCAACACAGAACGAGAAAAGCUAGCUAGUUUUGAAGAAGUGGUUUCGAUUUUCCCUUCUCGUAUCUUGCAAACUCAGACGACAAGAUCAUGGGACUUCAUGGGAUUCCCCGAAGAUGUAGACAGAAAGCCCGCCGCUGAAAGCGACAUCGUCAUCGGCAUCAUCGACACAGGAGUCUGGCCGGAAUCGGAGAGCUUCAACGAUCGCGGCUUUGGCCCUCCCCCUAAGAAAUGGAAGGGAGUGUGCAGAGGUGGCAAGAAUUUUACUUGCAACAAGAAGUUGGUGGGAGCCCGAUUCUACGGCUUCGAAUCCAACUCAGCUCGAGACGAGUACGGCCACGGAAGCCACGUGGCAUCUACAGCGGCGGGGCGGGCGGUGAAAAACACGAGCUUCUACGGAUUAGGCCGCGGCACGGCGAGGGGUGGGGCGCCCUCGGCAAGAAUUGCCGUCUACAAAGCUUGCUCUCCUCUAUGCUUAGACACCGAUAUCUUAGCCGCAUUUGAUGAUGCUAUAGCAGAUGGAGUCGACAUCAUCUCCAUCUCCAUCUCCUUAGGCGAUCCGGUCGACGUCAACUACGACGCCAUCGCCAUCGCCGCUUUUCACGCCGUGCAGAAGGGGAUACUGACCGUGCAGUCCGCCGGCAAUAAUGGGCCCAUACGGGGCGGCAUCACCAGCGUUGCGCCGUGGGUGUUCUCGGUCGGAGCUAGCUCUAUUGAUAGAGUGUUUUUUGAUAGAAUUGAGCUUGGAAAUGGACGUGUUGUCAAGGGUGCGGCUAUUGAUACUUUUAAGAGGAAGAGGGUGAAAUGGCCUCUUGUUUAUGGGAAAGAUGUUUCUAGAAACUGCAGUGAGGUCAACUCCAAGAAAUGUGCUGAAGGAUGCCUGAACAGAACACUGGUGAAAAACAAGAUUGUAGUUUGUGAAGAAUUAGCAGACUCCACAGAGGCAUUCCAAGCUGGUGCAGCUGGGAUCAUCAAGAAAACUCCGGCCAUCUACCCUUCCUUCGUCGUCCCGUUCCCGGAAUCGAGGCUAUCACGCCACGGGUUUGCCUCGAUUCUCCACUACAUCAACUCCACAAAGCGUGCAGGUACAACCCCUAAAGCAUAUAUAUCGGCAACAAAAACUAAACACGAUCGCUCCGCUCCACGAGUUGCUGGCUAUUCUGCUAGAGGGCCAAAUUCCAUCAUUCCAAACAUUCUAAAGCCUGAUGUAACGGCGCCCGGCACGACCAUCUUGGCCGCAUUUUCGCCAAUGGCGACGCCUAGCUUGCUCGUCGACAAGAGAUCUGUGGACUACAGCAUUAUUUCCGGAACUUCAAUGGCUUGCCCUCAUGUUUCUGGAGCUGCUGCUUAUGUGAAAUCUUUCCGACCAAAUUGGUCGCCGGCCGCCGUCAAAUCAGCGCUCAUGACUACAGCACGGAGCUUGAAAAACAAAAAAGUUGGGGAUGCCGAAUUUGCAUAUGGAGCAGGACACAUCGAUCCGAUUAGGGCCACGAGUCCUGGACUUGUCUACGACACUUCAAUCGAUGAUUACAUCAAGCUACUAUGUAGUUUGGGGUACAACACAACAACAAUACGAAGAAUAACGAGAGACAGCAAGAUCGAAUGCCCUAAAACCGGCAAUAUUGGAUCAAAACAUCACGAUCUCAACUAUCCUUCCAUGACGGCCAAAGUUGAGAAGAAUCAACCAUUUUUAGUGAAGUUUUCCAGAAGGGUGACUAAUGUUGGUCGUGCAAAGGGUGUUUAUGGGGUCAAGAUCAUCAAAGAUUCGGACAUCGAUAUCGUUGUGAAGCCCAGGAUUUUGAGGUUUAAGGCUUUGAAUGAGAGGAAAUCUUUUGUUGUUCGUGUAAAAGGAAAGAUUAGUGGUGGGAAAAAAAUUGGUGCUUCAAUUGAAUGGAGUGAUGGGAUCCAUAGAGUCGGAAGCCCCAUUGUCGUGUACGACGAUUAUACUUUAUAGAAGCAUUGAUCAAUUCAUGUUUUUUUGCGAUCCAAGAUAUUUUAUAA